CAAGAUGUCGACACUUGUUCAUAUCUUACAGAACAGACUCAAAGCAGUUUGAUAACCUAGAAAUGUCAUUAUAAUAAAUAACAGGCAUCACAAAUCAUAUCACAAAUUAAAUAAUAAUUAAAUUAACUGUAAUAAUAAUUUCUUUUAUGCACGUUAUUAUGUUAUUUGUUGUAAAUUAUUUUUGGACAAAGUACGUCAAAGAUAUUAAUGAAAUCGUGUGUGUGUAUUGGUGACAAUUUUUACAACAUUCGUAUAUACAUUCUCAACAUCGCAAAUGAUAACACAGUAAUUUGGAAAACGACAAGAAUAUAAACGUAUAAAAGUGAAGAAGCCUUUAGUUUUUCUCAUAACUUGUAACUCUGUUGACAAUGAAAAUACGAGAUAUAUCACUUAUCUACUGCAUUUUUAUUGUUCUUCAAAGUGUUUAUGGACUUCAUAGAAACUUGAAAUAUUAUGAAACAAUUCAUAGUACUCAUCUUCAACAUAGGAUUGUAAAACGGGGCAUCCAACAUAGUUACCAUCCUUAUAAUAAAAUAAGUGAAUUAGAAUUUUACUCACAUGGACGAUACUUUCGGUUAAUUUUGACACCUAAAAGAGAAGUUAUACAUUCCAAUUUUAGGGCGUACGAAGUUGAUGCUGAUGGAAAAGAGAAAACUAUACACUUAAAUUAUGACAAUUUUUACCAUGGUCGUGUGUUUGGUGAGAUUGAAUCUCAUGCUCAGGUGCACAUUGAUAAUGGUAUCGUAACAGGUAGUAUAACAAUAUUGGAUGAAACCUUUCAUAUUGAACCAUCUUGGAGGCAUCUUCCACAUUUAGAUAAUCAAACAAUGAUAGUUUAUAAGUCUUCUGAUGUUAAACUCAGCUGGGAACAUUAUCAAGAUGGAGAGGGACAUACACAUGGAGUUCCAAAAACCUGUGGUUAUGUCAAAGAAAACACAAAUGAGGAAAAUGAUUUUGAAGAGGAUCAUAUGGAAAUAGAUAGCCAUAGGGUGAAAAGACAUACAGAAAAUUAUGAAUACACACCGACGAAAACAAGAUGCCCAUUGUUGUUGGUCGCCGAUUAUCGAUUUUACCAGGAGAUGGGAGCUAGCAGUACAAAGACUACAAUUAAUUAUCUGAUAAGCUUAAUUGACAGAGUACACAAGAUUUAUAAUGACACUAUGUGGCAAGAACGGCAGGAACAGGAUGGUUUCAAAGGAAUGGGUUUUGUCAUAAAGAAGAUUGUCGUUCACAGUGAACCUACGCGAGUGAGAGGUGGUGAAACGCAUUACAAUAUGGUUCGCGAGAAAUGGGACGUCCGUACACUGCUCGAGGUUUUCAGUCGAGAAUACAGUCAUAAGGAUUUUUGUUUAGCUCAUCUAUUCACUGAUCUCAAGUUUGAAGGUGGUAUCCUUGGGUUAGCCUACGUUGGAUCUCCUCGUAGAAAUUCAGUAGGUGGCAUCUGCACACCAGAAUACUUUAAAAAUGGAUAUACAUUAUAUCUAAACUCAGGACUAAGUUCCAGCAGGAAUCAUUAUGGACAAAGAGUAAUUACGAGAGAAGCUGAUUUGGUGACGGCACAUGAAUUUGGCCAUAAUUGGGGUUCCGAACAUGAUCCGGAUAUUACAGAAUGCAGCCCAAGUGCAAGUCAAGGUGGCUCUUAUUUGAUGUAUACUUACAGUGUUAGUGGCUAUGAUGUAAAUAACAAGAGAUUUUCGCCGUGCAGCUUGCGAUCUAUCAGAAAAGUUUUGCAAGCGAAAUCUGGACGCUGUUUCUCAGAACCGGAGGAAUCGUUCUGUGGGAAUUUAAGAGUCGAAGGAGAUGAGGAAUGCGACGCGGGUCUCUUGGGAACGGAGGACAAUGACGCGUGUUGCGAUAAAAACUGCAAACUUCGAAGGAUGCAGAGUGCAGUCUGCAGCGAUAAGAACUCUCCUUGCUGUCAGAAUUGCGCGUAUAUGCCUACGGGUACAAAGUGUCGCGACGCGCAAUAUGCGACCUGCGAACAAGAGUCGCGUUGCACCGGAGUGUCCAGUGAAUGUCCAAAAUCACCGGCUAUGAUGGAUGGCACUGGUUGUCUCGAACGUGGGCAAUGCCGCAUGGGUAAAUGCGUGCCGUACUGCGAGACUCAAAGCUUGCAAAGCUGUAUGUGCGACACGAUUGGCGAUGCGUGCAAACGAUGCUGUAGGAUGAGCUUGAACGAAACGUGUUUCCCGAUAGAUCCACAAGAUAUUUUACCGGAUGGGACACCGUGCAUCCAAGGUUUCUGCAACAAAGGUGUUUGUGAGAAAACGAUUCAAGAUGUAGUGGAACGAUUUUGGGACAUCAUUGAGGACAUAAACAUCAACAAAGUUAUGCGUUUUCUCAAAGAUAACAUAGUAGGAGCCGUAAUAAUCAUCACUGCUAUUAUUUGGAUCCCAGCGAGUUGUGUGAUCAGUUAUAUUGAUCAUAGACGUGUCAAGGAAAGCGAGAAGAAAUGGCGUUGGAAGCACACGGACGAACUGAUCCAUCCGGACGAGCACAGACAAGUGAUUUAUGUCGGCGGUCAACGACCCAGAGUACAACACAUGAUGCAUCAAUCGUGAAUUAUGAAACUAGAUCAUUCGUAUUGCUUUGUAUAUUUCAGCCAUCUAGUCAUUGUGUUACACAGGGUGUCAUAGAAACUGUUACAAGCUGUAAUAUAUAACAAGAUUGUGUAAAAAUUGUAACACUUAAAAGUAUAUUUGAUAAAGUAUAAUUACAGUAUAAAAUUAUACAAUAUUGAAACAGUAUAAAAUUACUGUAUUUUACAAGUGAGAGAGAUGUUCAUGUUGAAUAUUGCCACUCAUUAUAUUUAAUUUGAGAAGUUGUAAAUGUAUAUGUACGCGCGUAUGUAUAGAAAAUAAAAGUUUUUUUUUUUACUUUUAUGUCGUGUAUAUGUGUAUUGAAUAAUAUAAGUUCUUACUAUGUAUCAGAUAAAACUUACUAUGUACUUAGUAAGCUGUUUGGUCUCGUGUUAUUGAAAAAUAAAAAGUUCAUCGGUGA